CACCUCUGACAGAGGAACUCGGUUCUCGGUCUUUCCUCCAACAUGCACCUCUCUCUCGCUACGCUCCGAACGCGUUGAAAAUGUUCGUUUAACGCGCGCGCAGAACGAAAUCCGGCGAGACGAGACACCACGAGUCCCCGAAUAAAUUCGCGACAGCAACGUCAAAGUGCGGCGCUGUUUUAAUAUCGUUGACUCCGGCCGGUGAACAUCGAGCGGUCGGCCGAGCGAUAAAUUUGUCGCGAACCCUCUCCGCUCGCUCAUGAGAUAAUUGUGUAAUUAAAGUGCGGUUAAUUAAUCGAAAUGGGCCUCCUCGACACGACGGAAGCGCAGCUCGCUCGGCAGAUUCGCGAACAGCAGGCGGCGUAUCGGCUGUGAUCGAUGUGCGAGUUGAUUUUGGCCGCCGUGUCUGUUCGGUCCACGGUUGCACGUGCAGAACUCGAUGCAACAGGAGUUUGCAGAGGCCAAUGAAGAAGCGGCUCAUUCACGGUUCAACGUUGACUGCUGAUCGAGGAGACAUCUAAUCGACGGGACAAGUCGACUGCAAUUUGUCGCAACGCGCGGCGAUUUGACGCGGUGAAAAAUGACGUAGGCUCGGACGAAACGCGGGGAGACCGGCGCUCACCGGAAGCUGCAACGAGAUGCGUCGACAGUGAGGCCGAGAGAGCGAAAAUCCUCCGUCAAGAUGCAUCCUCUCGUCCUUCCCUUUUUGCUGCUAUCUUUAACGUGCGCUGCGAGAUUUGGCAGCGGACAUCUCAUAGACGGGAUUUUCACGGAGCCGACUUUGGAGCCGGGCUACAAUCUGGUGACGGUGGUCCCGCGUGGCGCCUUGGCAUUGAACGUGACCGAACUCCGUCACACGCAGAACUAUCUCGCUAUCAGACUGCAAGAUGGCAGUUACUUGUUGAACGGGAAUUACAAUAUCAACUGGUCCGGCGAAUACAAGGCAGCUGGAACAACGUUCGCCUAUCUUCGUCAAAGUCCUCAUAAUUUAGAGAGCUUUUCCGCCGUGGGUCCGUUGCAAGAACCGAUAGACGUUAUGGUAUUGUACCAGGAGCCGAACCCCGGGAUUGUUUACCGAUACGUGAUCCCCGGAAACGCAAAUUUACAGCGAAACAGUCAUCUCGCGCAUAACGCAGUCCCCAAUAAAGACGUUGAAUCAGGCUUGCAAAAUAGAAGGAUUGAAAAUGGACCCGCGAUAAAUGCAACGACGGCGCCGUACCUGCCACGGCGUUAUAGGAAAAGAAAAUUCACCUGGAGGGCGAUCGGCUAUAGCGAAUGCAACAAGUCGUGCGGCGGAGGUGUUCAGGUGCUCAGACACGCGUGUAUCAAAGAGCACACGCAGCAGCAGGUACCGGAGAAGAGGUGCCACGCGCUGGAGAAGCCGCGGGAGAUUCGCCUUAGAUGCAAUAUAAGGCCGUGUCCGCCCAGGUGGCGCGAAGGGCCGUGGAGCGAGUGCUCCGCUUCCUGCGGCACAGGAGUCCGCACGCGGGAAUUCGAGUGCGUACAAGAGGUGAAACCGUCGCUGACGACGCGGCUCGCCGACGACGCCUGCACGGAACCGAAGGAUCUGCCGACGAGCGAAGUGUGCGAGAUGCCGGCGUGCCGCGAGGAGACGUCAUCGCCGCCGGCACCGCGAUGGACAGUGGGCGUCUGGUCGCAGUGCUCCACGUCCUGCGGCGUGGGAAAGAGGUCGAGGGUCGUAACUUGCGUCACUCUAGGCGCGCCCUGCGAGCUCUCGAAGAAGCCUGAAGCAUACGAAACCUGCGACUUAGGACCGUGCCUGGCGAAAUCGACGCCGCUGAACAUUGUCUCCGCGAAGCUGCAGAGCCCGCAGUGGUUGUUCACCGAAUGGUCUGACAAGUGUUCAGCGGAAUGUGGGGUUGGAGUUCAGACCAGAAGAGUUCUAUGCGAGACAAACUCCGAUCAGGAGCAUUGCGAUGAAUCGAGUCGACCUGAGACUUCCAGAGACUGUUCGAGUAACAGGACGUGCAGCGGUCAAUGGUUCACGGGACCUUGGGCGGAGUGUUCCUCGAGCUGUGAUUUGGGCGAGCAAGUCAGAGAUGUGGUAUGCGUGACGACUCUUCGAGGCUCUCUCCGUGUCGUCCUAGAUAUGAACUGUCCUGCGAACAAACCGGAAAUCAGGAAACCGUGCAGAGAGCGUCCUUGCGUGUCCACUUGGUUCGUGUCGGAUUGGACGUCGUGUUCGCGAUCCUGCGGCAAAGGUGUCCAAAAACGCGAGGUCCGAUGUUUGAAUCCGGACGGUCAAUUGCCGGAAUCUCAUCAGGUUCACUGCCGGGAGGAGGAUCAUCCGCCAUCUAGGAGAAUAUGCAACGAUUAUCCCUGCAAAGACGACUUACGCGCGCCCGAAAGCUCUCACAGGGUCUUGCAAAUCCAGGACGAGCCUGAAAUAACGAAUGGUGUCGAGGACAAACCGCUCUGCAAGGACAAGAUACCCAACUGCCACUUAGUCACGCAGGCUCGGCUCUGCUCUUAUCAAUUUUACCAGGAGUCUUGCUGUCUGUCCUGCUCCCGCAAGCACGACCUGGAGUAGAAAAGCAGCGACGAUCGUGCGCACUAUGACCUUGAUGCAAGAACCCGCCUUAGCACUUCCGAUUAAUAAUAUCGCCGAUUAAACCUCCGAUUUUCGCCGUUUACCGUUAAUUUCUCAUAAUUUAAUACACAGCGGAUCUUUCUUUCCUCUUCGUACGCAUUCUGCGUGUGUAGAAACGUAGAUAUACGCAUGCUGCAAUGUAAUUCCAUACGAGGCUUCCGGACCUCGUGCGAUAUUUUCGAUAGAGAAAAUUUAACGGAGAGACUGAUCGCGCGCGCGCGCGAUCCGGCGUCCGAGCUCCUCUCACAUAACCGUAUA